CAUCUGCAUGAAGAAGUUGAAUUUGGAGAGAGCUACUUUGUAUCCUCUUGUUCUCAAAGAAAUAAAUGUGGAAGUACGACUGCAUCAAUUUUCGGUAAAAGGUCGACUGAGCUCUGUCUUGUGUGCUGUGAUUCCGAUUUAUGUAACAGCGAUUGCGGUAAUAGAACAAGACCAAUCCCUAAACCGUCUACCACCUCCACAACGACAACUAUUCCCACCACAACAUUGAAAUACUCGUUCCCAUUCGACUGCUGGGAAAUCUUACAUAAUGGAUAUAAUAUAACGGGCGUAUACCAGAUUUAUCCCUGGGGAUCCAGUGGAAAGUCCAUAGACGUACUCUGUAACAUGGAUGUGGACCCCAAAGGAUGGACGGUGUUUCAAUGGCGUCAUCCUUUAACAGAAAAUUUUACUAGAAAUUGGGAAGAGUACAAAGAUGGUUUUGGGAAUGUGACUGGUGAAUUCUGGCUUGGAAACGAGGUCGUUCAUCUUUUGACAAAACCACACCGAACGCUGUUUCACAUAGGUAUCUCAGACACUAAUGGACAUUCGUGGUAUGAAAGAUUUGACAACAUGAAAGUAGCAUCUGAAGCUCAGAAGUACACCAUAACUCUCGGAAGGGCCUCUGGAACUGCUGGUGAUGUAAGUUCACGUGAUCAUGGUGGCGCUGGUUCUAUGGAGGGUCGUCCGUUUACGGCAUACGACAGAGACAAUGAUUUGUCACCUUAUAACUGUGCAGAUAGAUGCAAAGGAGGGUGGUGGUUCAACUUUUGUGACAAUGUUUUUCUAAAUGGACCACGUGAUUUUCAUGCAGACAAUGUAACUCACUCCAUUUUGAAACCGGUUACACUAUUUGGGGGCUCGUCUGGGAUGGAGACACCAGAGUUUGAAGAUCGUCUGCUGCAGGGGAGGUCUACAUUGUGUUUAGCAACCUUGGAGGCCAUCUUACGGUUUUGUGAAGAUGUCGGCAUGAAGAAGGAAG